CACCGGUACUACCUCGCGUCGUUUAACAAAGCAUCACUACAAUCACUACAAUGCCCACCUAAAAUCAAUUCACAUGUUAAACGAAACACGCUAAUAAAUAAUAAUAAUAAUAUUAAAACUUUAUUUAAUGAGGGAUUACACUGAUUACUUAAUAUAGUAUUCUUCCCAAUGGCCCUCGAUAUCUAAUAGUAAUAUAUAAAAAGAAAAUCCUAUUGAGAGUAACAUUGACAAUGAGUAAUAUGCUUACAAUCGAUGCAGCGGAAUUUAUUAACGUGAUCUACUUCAUAAUUCAAUUGAAUAAAGUAGGUUUUGAGCUUCUUUUUAUAGGAAUAAAUUGAAUGAUUUUCAAUAUCUUUUAAUUUGGAAGGUAGGGAAUUAAAUAGACUUGCACCACUGAAGGAAAUUUUGGAUUUUGCUUGCGUAGUCUUAACUGAUGGAACUUUUAAGUCGAGAAACGCUUUGAUCAUUUAGCGCAUCUGAACAUUCAUAUGAACAUUCAUAUAUAUGCUAACUUGUGGUUACAAAUGUAUUUAAUAAUAGUAAUAAUAGUAUGCUUUAGCGCAUCUGAACAUUCACAUCAUUACCAGAAAUCAUUUUGCGUUCGCAAUCGUAACCAGCGGUUUUACGCAUAAAUGAUGAUUCAUCAAAAAAUAAGAAGCUGGGAAAUUUGUUGCGCAUGCGCCAGAUUUCCAUUGAAACUUGAAGAUCCCCCCGAGGAAAUAACGGGUUGUUCGUGGUUGUUGUAUAUUAUAAUAUUUUUGAAUGCCUGUUUAAUCUUUAUAAUUUUUUUGCUCGAGACAAAGACAAAGUAAAAUGUACUCUACGUUUCCAGUGUAUAAAAUAUCUCGUUUGUGUUUGAACAGCAAUAGACCUUAUUCAUAAAUCGUGAUGAGGCCUCGUAUCCUAGGAAACGGGGAAAAACGCGGGAAAAUUGACAAAAUGUUUUUUUUGCUGUCGGCUAUGGCGGCUUUCUUCGUGAAUAUUACGGCUUUUUUCGAAAAUAAUAUCCAUAAAACUGAGCUUGAAAGUUAAAAAAAAUAACUUCUGAGAAAAUAUAUAUAUGUUAUUUACCGGACUGGAGGUCCGUAUAGAGGCCCGAGGCCGAAGGCCGAGGGACGUUUUUAAGACCUAGAGAAAUAUUUCUCUAUACGGACCGACCAUACCGGUAAAUAACAUUUUUAUUUUUUUUUAAUUCCUCCUCUGGAUUUCCCCAAUCACUCCUCCCGCACGCGAAUGAAGCUGCCAAAUAAAACGUCGUUUCUAUCAAUGCUAUCGGGAAGAGAAAUAUCUUUUGUGAGAUAGUAAAAUUCGUUUUCACUGUGUUUUUCAUCGUCUGCAGACAUUUUAAUGUUUUAAAAAGUAGCCUUUAAACUCGUCUUUAAAUUUUGAAAAACAAAAACAUUGGCUCUACGGCUUUAAAUCUCGCGCGGUCCGUACAGGCUCAUACGGACCGCUCACGUAGCCAAUCAGAUUGCAGAAAAGCGUAAAAUAUGACUUCGGACCGCAAGAAAAAAAAUAAAACAUGAUAUUUAAAGCAAAAGAUGCUGGAGUCAAUCGAAAAAGGAAACCUUUGACUUUGUAUUAUUGUCAACUUUGUAUGGCCAAAACAAACAACUAACAAGGCUACGAAACGUCUAUACAACACCAAAAUCGUAAGAAAUAUGAAACUAUUGUUGACGAAACAGGAUUACAACUCACUCAGGUAAUGUAGCCUUCAUUUUUUAAACUUGUAAGCUGCUUGCAGAAUGUUAUCGAGCCCCACAGCCAUAGUUCAUAUUUUUCCGUACGAAUCAAUAACAUUUGACGUUCUCUGUGAUUUUUGACCUGUUGUUUUCUUUCAUAUUACUGUCAAAUUUGAAAAAUUAUACUUUCAUUCCAUAGUUGCCUUUAUAUUGACGAUAAAAUCUCAGUAAAAUACUGUUUUUCGCUUCUGGAUAAACACCAUCGCUACGUUGUCAUUUUUUCCACACAAAAAUGGGAUAAAAACCGGUCGCUUUUAUAAUAUACUCGUUUACCGCUUUCGUUGUGGCCACAAAGUCUUAAAAUACACACAAAAAUCGUUAUAAAUCGCAAAAAGCAACAAGAAACAAGCGGUUAAAGUCGACACAAUAGCAUCUGAAUUUGGCUUGUCAAGCAGUUUUCGCUUGUUUUCCCGCGUUUUGUUCCCGUAUCCUAGGAUACGAGGCCUCGUCACGAUUUAUGAAUAAGGUCUAUAGAAUAUUAUAAACUUGACACAAACAAGAAGACAUUUGACACUCUAAAUCUGUAGUCAUGCCUGCCAAUCGUCGCGAGCUUGACAGCUUUGUCAAACGCAAAACAAGUACCAAUUUGGGUUUAAACAGAAAGAAGUUCAAUGUUAAUACCACUAACAUAUAUUCUAUAGAAAUACGGGUGGUUUAAAAUGUUUUGAAUGGUGGUUUAAAAUGAAUUAUCAAAGCUUUUAUCUAUCGACAUGAUAAUCAAACUGUGAAAAUUCCGGCUUUUGUUGACGCUUGCGAAUGCAAAAUAACUUCUCGUAAACAGAGCAUUUCUACACAAAACUCUCGCUUAGUCUUCUAAUGCACUUGUAUGUUCGGUUCUACUAGUUAAACAAGGAAAAUAUCGAAGAAACACUGGUAAAUUAUCGUUGUCAAAAAACAUUCAGUGCUGAGGGCUGAGGCAGUACAAGGACAAGGACAAGGUCUCAAGGGCAAGGUCAAGUUAUCGAUUUCAUUACAUUUUACAGUAGUUCGAAUGUUUUCGAACUCUUAUCUCAUACAAGAGAAGUAAACGCACGCAUUUCAAAGCGAAAUUAGACGCAAAGGGGCAAUUUUUCAACAAAAUUCAUUGUUAAAUUAUGUUUCCUAUGUGCCUUGGGAGCAAAACAAUAUGAUUUUAAAUUUGGAGAUUUCGGUAAAUUUUUUUGCAAUUUGGCCUGGUAUUGCACCCUACCAAUCUACUAACUGUGCUGUAAAAGUAAUCAAAUAUACUAUUUUUAAUUUCCUUUCAUUGAAAGGAUCUACUAUUGUGGACUAAACUAAAUUUUAAUCAGCAUACAAGGCUGCAAACAACAGCCAAGAAUUAGCUGGGUAGUUCGCAAACUUUAAAACUAAUUGGACCUCAAACUUUGAUCUCCAGAAGUAAACAAAUAGACAAUACUGCGAACAUAAUCCAGGUUUUGAUCACGAGGGGCAAUUUUUAGAUGUAUAAAAACUUGUUUAAAUUACAUAACAAACUAAGGCAAAACAAAAUUUGGUAUUAAUUUUUUGGUGAAAUCGUCAAAGUUUUUUGGUAUUCGCCCACGCUUCUACACCCCCUCUCCCAGGAUCUUCUCUAUCAGAAAACAGUUUCCUGCAGAAACUUUGCUUUUUAUCGCAAAAAUCUUUAUUUUUCUCAAAAAAUACAUUAUAAACACGGAAACCUUAAAUAUUUAAACAAUUUUCAUACCUUUUUGGGAUUGAAGGUGUAGGUAUACGGCUUCUCAAAUUAGCUGCCCCUGUAAUUUCAGAAUCGCUCAGCAGAAUAAUUAAUUCCUGCAUAAUAACUGGAAAAUUUCCAACAAAGUGGAAAGAGGCGAGCGUUACACCUAUCUACAAGGGUAAAGGUUGUAAAAGUGAAGCCUCAAAUUACAGGCCCAUAUCAGUGUUGUCCGUCUUGUCUAAGGUGUUUGAAAAGCACAUUGCGUCAUCAUUGCGUGCUCACUUGAAGGAGAACGCCUUGUUGUAUGGAUUACAAUCCGGCUUCCGGAAGUCAUUUUCCACUGAAACUGCAUUAAUAAGGCUUUUGGAUCAGUUGCUUUUCAACCUUGAUGAAAACUGUGUUAGCGGUCUGGUCCUCGUUGAUUAUAAAAAAGCAUUUGAUUUAAUAGACCAUAACAUCUUGAUUAAAAAGCUUUUUUCAUAUGGAGUACAUGGCCAGUCUCUGGAAUUGUUCAAAAGUUAUCUUUCUGAUCGAUCCCAAUAUGUCAAUGUGGACGGUGUUAAGUCAUCCUCUAGGCCUGUCGAAUGUGGUGUGCCCCAAGGAUCUAUACUUGGGCCCAUUUUAUUCAUUAUAUUUAUUAACGAUUUUCCAGAUCAGAUUAAACAUUCUGUUGCUAAUAUUUAUGCUGAUGACACGACGCUUAGCUAUGCACAUGAUUACUCUUCUGCCCCUCAGUCAAUUACGCUUGAAUUACAGAAGGACAUUACAAAUCUUGCAGAUUGGUCAAGAGUUAAUCAUAUGGUUUUGAAUGAAGAGAAAACUAAAACUCUUCUGAUCGCCGGAAAGCGCCUGAAGAAGAAAUUGGACACACUUGAUAUUGAUCUUAUGCUGAAUGGGAAAAAACUCCAACAAGUCACCUCGUUUAAAUUGCUUGGAGUUACGCUCGAUGAUGAACUGAGCUUUGAUAUACAUGUUGACAAUAUAUGUAAGAAACUAUCUCAACGAAUCGCGGUACUCUGUAAAAUAAAGCGUUGCCUCCCAUUUAGAGAACGCUGUCUUUAUUAUAAUGCUAUGAUAAAGCCUAUCAUUUUCUAUGGUUCAGCUGUUUGGACAACAACCUCGAAAGAAAACCUAAACAGAGUUUUUGGGUUACAGAAAAGAGCAGCUCGGGUUAUAUUAGAUUUGGACAUGUCAGCGCGAACAGUUAACAUGUUUCAGCAACUAAACUGGAUACCAUACUACGACGAAGUGAAGAUUCCUAAAGCAACAACAGCCUAUAAACGUAUAAAGAAUGAUUCUCCGAACUAUUUAGAUGAUAUGCUGAAACUGAAUUCUAGUGUAAAUAGUAGAUCCACUAGAUAUUGCAAUUUAAAUUUCCUAUGCCCUAAAUACAAGCGUGAAACCGAAGGUGGUCGUACAUUUGCCGUUUCGACCAUAAAACAAUGGAACCAGCUGCCUAAGACUGUGCGUGAUAAGGGGACGGUGGCUUCGUUUAAACACAGCAUGAAACAGCUUUUUAAAGAGAGCUAUGAAAACAUCGAUCAUUUUACUAUAUAAUCUUUGGAUUUUAGACGUAUGUAUAUAUAGUAUUUCAUAAAUUUAGUACUUAGGUUUAAUGUUAUUUGAAACACAGCAUGAAACAGCUUUUUAAAGAGAGCUAUGAAAACAUCGAUCAUUUUACUAUAUAAUCUUUGGAUUUAGACGUAUGUAUAUAUAGUAUUUUAUAAAUUUAGUACUUAGGUUUAAUGUUAUUUGUAUAAUCCAUUGAGAGCCACAAAUUUAUCAGUGCAAACUGGCAUGUGUAACUCUCGUUAAAUAAAGUCUUCAUUCAUUCAUUCAUUGAAAAAAGCAAAAUUUGAUUCAUUAUCCCACUUUUUAAAAUAUAUGUGACAAAGUUGCUUCAAAAUCACCAUCACGCAGUAGCAUGUUUAUUUACCCUCAUCCUUUUGACUGAAUAAAGUUUAUCGUUUUGAAAAGCUAUUUGUUUUAUAGCUCUUGGUUAUCAGUUUACGUUUAUGUCGAUUUUGGCACCCAUGAGACCAACAAGUUGUGGUAAUCCGCGAAUCAAAAUGGAUAUUCGAAGAGCACAAAAGCCAACUCGUAGCUAUGUAACUUUAUCGCCUGAAUUUUGAAUCAAUCCAAAAUUAAAAUGCUGAUAAUGUAGAUGCUUUCCAUACUUGCGAUGUUAGUGAAGUGUUUCCUACAAUUUAGUUUCCUGUAUCGCCGUCUUAAAAAUGCAAAAUCAUCAGUUGAAAUUUCACUCGUGUUGUUUUUUCAAAUUUUCGAAUUUUUGUAAAAUAUCGCGUGCGCCAGCAAUUUCUCUGCACAGCGACAACAAAUUUCCCAGCUGCUCAAAAAAUACAAACAAAAUGGCGGCUCAUAGUCUUCAAAGACAAAUCGUGUUGAUAAUAUAUUGAAGAGGAAUAAUAUAUUAACUAAUGUAAGAUUGUCUGACAUUUUUUACAACAGCAGAACCAGUAUUUGUGGCACGAUCGAAGAAGUAUUUUCCAAAUUUGACGCGUUACGCACGUAUAGUAAAUGUAUUUAGCUGAGAAAUGUGCAUAAAUUUGCGUGAUGGGCAGGGUAAGAGACUGGGAAGAGCAUAAUUAAUUUAAAAACAAACGUAGUUGUGCUGAUAAAAAUGGCCUCUUGUAGCAUGUAUGGAUGAAUAAAAUAGCUAAGUUUAGAGGAUUUUGGAAGUAGUUUCCUGCGGAAUUUAGAUACAUUCGUUGGCGAGUAUAUAAACUUUGAAUGUUAUUGAAACAAUUGCGAUGCCAAGCUCAAGAUUUCGCUAGAUAUAUUUCCGUACACCAGGCUGCGUUUGUGGCGUGUAUUGUCAGAUUCACAUUCAACAUAAGGAGUUAUUAUGCUGGUGAAUGUGAUAUCAAUAGUGAGCUCGGGAA